GCUGGAGCGUGUGGGAGCGAGCAAGGCGGGAGCUGCUGUCCAGAGCGAAGAAGAGACGCUCCGCCAGGCACAGGCGCGCCGCGGCGAGCUCAAACUUUGGUGGGCAGCCACCUUGGGGCGGAAUGUGACACAGCAAGAAGAUGGCCAAGAUUAGCACCCAAUACUCCCACCCCACCAGAACACACCCCUCGGUCAGGACCACGGACAGAGAUCUGGAUUGCAUUGAAACCGGUCUCAGCAGGACCCACUUGCCAUGCGAGGAGACAUCAUCAGAACUGCAGGAAGGCAUUGCCAUGGAGACUAGAGGACUGGCUGAAUCCAGGCAAAGCUCCUUCACCAGCCAGGGUCCCACCAGGUUGUCACGCCUCAUCAUCUUGCUCCGUGCCUGGACCCCCAGGCACUUACACCAGGAGGACCAGAGGCCCAACUCCUUCCUGGAGCGUUUCCGCGGAGCCGAGCUCAAAGAGGUGUUCAGCCGAGAAAGCCAUGUCCAGUUCAACGUGGGCAGCCAGGAGCCUCCAGACAGAGGGAGAAGUGACUGGCCCCUGGCCAGGAACAACACCAACACCUGCAACAACUCAGAGAAGGAUGAGAAGGCAAACAAGGAGGAGAAAGAGAAAAAGGAAGAGAAAAAGGAAAAUCCCAAGAAAGAGGAGAAGAAGAAGGACCGCGUUGUGGUGGAUCCCUCCAGCAACAUGUACUACCACUGGCUGACCGCCAUCGCCGCGCCUGUCUUCUACAACUGGUGUCUGCUCGUGUGCAGGGCCUGUUUCGAUGAGCUUCAGUCCGAGCACCUGAUGCUUUGGCUGGUCCUGGACUACUCGGCAGACAUCCUCUAUGGCCUGGAUGUGCUGGUCCGAGCCCGGACAGGCUUCCUGGAGCAAGGCCUGAUGGUCACGGACACCAACCGGCUGUGGAAGCACUACACGAAGACCUUGCACUUCAAGCUGGACAUGUUGUCCCUGGUCCCCACAGACCUGGCUUAUUUCAAGCUGGGCAUGAACUACCCAGAACUGAGGUUCAACCGCCUACUGAAGUUGCCCCGGCUGUUUGAAUUCUUUGACCGCACAGAGACGAGGACCAACUACCCCAACGUGUUCAGGAUUGGGAACCUGGUCUUGUACAUCCUCAUCAUCAUCCACUGGAACGCCUGCGUCUACUUUGCCAUUUCCAAGCUCAUUGGUUUCGGGACCGACUCCUGGGUCUACCCGAACAUCUCAAACCCAGAGUACGGGCGCCUCUCCAGAAAAUACAUUUACAGUCUCUACUGGUCCACCUUGACCCUGACCACCAUUGGGGAGACCCCACCCCCCGUAAAAGAUGAGGAGUAUCUCUUUGUGGUCAUCGACUUCCUGGUGGGAGUCCUGAUUUUUGCCACCAUCGUGGGCAACGUGGGCUCCAUGAUCUCAAACAUGAACGCUUCACGGGCUGAGUUCCAGGCCAAGAUCGACUCCAUCAAGCAGUACAUGCAGUUCCGCAAGGUGACCAAGGACUUGGAGACACGGGUCAUCCGCUGGUUUGACUACCUGUGGGCCAAUAAGAAGACAGUGGAUGAGAAGGAGGUGCUCAAGAGCCUCCCCGACAAGCUGAAGGCCGAGAUCGCCAUCAAUGUGCACCUGGACACCCUGAGGAAGGUCCGAAUCUUCCAAGACUGCGAGGCAGGGCUGCUGGUGGAGCUGGUGCUGAAGCUGCGUCCGGCGGUGUUCAGCCCUGGGGACUACAUCUGUAAGAAGGGGGACAUUGGGAGGGAGAUGUACAUCAUCAAGGAGGGCAAGCUGGCCGUGGUGGCUGAGGACGGCAUCACCCAGUUCGUGGUCCUCAGCGACGGGAGCUACUUCGGGGAGAUCAGCAUCCUGAACAUCAAGGGGAGCAAGUCAGGGAACCGCCGGACGGCCAACAUCAGGAGCAUCGGCUACUCGGACCUGUUCUGCCUCUCCAAGGACGACCUGAUGGAGGCACUCACCGAGUACCCCGAGGCCAAGAAGGCACUGGAGGAGAAGGGGCGGCAGAUCCUCAUGAAGGACAACCUGAUUGACGAGGAGCUGGCCAAGGCCGGGGCAGACCCCAAGGACAUCGAGGAGAAGGUGGUGCACCUCGAGGCCUCCCUGGACGCCCUGCAGACCAGGUUCGCGCGGCUCCUGGCCGAGUACAACGCCACCCAGAUGAAGGUGAAACAGCGGCUCAGCCAGUUGGAAAGCCAGGUGAAGAUGGGCCUCCCGACUGACGGGGAUGCUCUGCAAACGGAGGCCAGUCAGCAGUGAAGACACAGGUGUCCGUCUCCUGCCUCCCCGGGUUACGGUCGGUGCGAGGCUGCAUGGCACAGGGCCUGGCCAGGAUUGAAUUCCAGCUUUCCCCACCCUCUGUGAGCUGCGUGGCCUUGGGAGAGAGCCCUGAUUUUCCUCGUCUAGAUAAUGGGACUCUUUUUGUCUGUCCCAGUUAACUGACAGGUUGCUGUGA